AUGUCAUUGACGUUAAUCGCCCAUAAGCUCUUCUGGGUAAUGCUCGGUCACCCUGCUCAGAGUCUGUUUAUUGGUACUUUCCCCAUGGGUAUGACGACAUUAAUCAACUCAGCUCUGGCUAUUAACCAAAACUGGGGCUUCGGGGGCACCGGUUUUCUUUAUACGUUGUGGGGUUGCUGGUGGCUGGUCUCCUGGAUGUCCUAUGUUGUCGCAUACGGCAUGAUCUACACCAUGACGACGCGCCAUGAACACUCGAUCUCCACCAUGGCUGCUGUCUGGCUGCUGCCUGUUGUCACGCUCGUCGUCGCAUCAUCCACAGGUGGUCUGACGGCAUCCGCGCUGAAGCCCCUCCAUCCGACCCUCGCCCUUGUCACUACUGCCUUCUCCUUCACGAUGUUGGCAAUGGGCCUCACCUUUGCGUUGAUGAUGAUCACUAUCUAUCUACUACGGCUCAUCAUCCGUGGUGUGCCUGAUCCCGGUCUUGUCCUCUCUGCAUUCAUUGUUCUUGGUCCGUUGGGGCAGGGUGGUUUUUCUCUGCUCGUGAACGGUUCGCUCAUCUCCGAGCUUCUCCCACUCUAUAUCGGGACAGAUUUCCCCCAGUCCGCACUGACAGGCCAGAUGAUCUACGCAGUGUGCUUCUGCGGUUCAUAUGUCCUAUGGUCCAUGGGUAUAGCGUGGAUAGUCAUCGCCGUUUGCUCGAUCUACCACGUCGUCGUUGUUCGCAAAGCCCGCUUGAACUUCAACUUGGGUUACUGGGGGCUGAUAUUCCCUAAUUCCGUGUUUGCUAUGCUCACCAUCGAGCUGUCAAAGGUACUUCAGAGUCCUUUCUUUAAGGUCGCCGGUUCUUUGUGGUCAGCUGUCGUAUUUGUCGUAUGGGGUGCCAUUUUGCUGCGUAGCAUACCAGCAUUUAUUGAUGGAUCACUGUUCAUGGCUCCAUGCCUCCCGGACGGCUCGCGACCCAGCGACCUGCUCCCCACUCAAAAUGCAUCGGUGCAACAUCCAGACCAAGAAACAACCAUUUCACACCCAGAUGCCGAUUUCCAUGGCGCCAUUCACAAGACUGACUGA